CAUUGAGACUUACUCUAAGUGUUCCUCAUAUAACGGCAUAGUAAAGUGUGAUUGCAUCGUACAGUCCAGGCCUCCCAGCAUGGUCCAUUUUGUUCUUGGUGACAGAGUCCUGCAAAUCACCAAAUUAGAGAAAAAUGGCUCUGUUACUACUGGGACUCUGCAGACAGACUUUGGGUCCUUCAAGUUUGUGCACUGCCUGGCAAACAACACAUUGGGAAAUGCUAAUCUCACACUAUCGUUACCUGCUAAUGACAACAUGCAGAAUAUUUUCAUAGCCUCUGGAGCAGGUGUGAUUUUUCUGAUAAUUCUGAUAGCCAUUGGAGUGGGAACUGUUAAAAGAUGCAGGGGGCAAUCAGAUGGCACACCAAAAUCUGACUUAAGCACCAUGAGGUCAGACAGACCUGCGGAGCCCCUCGUUAUGCUCAAACAAAAAGGAAGGAGAACUAUGAGGAUGUCCAUUGCAAUGACAUUUACACCAAUGACAGUGUGUAUGGGAACAUGGAGACUGACUGGGAUGAAUCAGUAUACGCCAACAUGUAAUAUAUGUGGAAGACCAGCUGCGGUCAGGUCGGAGUCAAGGAAAAAGAAAAAUCCUAGUGCUAUAUUCAUCUUAUACCACAUACAUAUUAUAUCUCAGUUUUCCUGUCAUCUGUCAUUCACAUUUCUUUGUAAAAUAUUGUAAGUAAGAGAAGUUCUGUUUUGUACUUUUGUUUGUCUGAUCAAAUAAUGUGCUUUGAAAAAUUACCAUUAAAGUUUUGCAAUAAUUA